AUGCAAGCCCCCCCUAACACCCAUCCAACUAUCUUCUUCCUGUACGACUUCGUCCGCAACACCCACAACCAGCUGAAGGCUGUGAACGCCGAGAAGUACGCUGCCGGCGAUAACGGUGCUAAGAAUGCCGUUGGCGAGGUCGAGCGCCGCAAUGCGUUUGCUAACAUGCUCAUCAAUGACACCUCUGGCAAGCUGUCCAUGAUGACCGGCGGCAACCCCUCCAACCCUGCUGAUUUCGGCGCGGAGAUCAAGGCUAAGGCCCAGAUUUUGACUCAGAAAGGGGGCAUGUGA